AUGACAGUGGUUACGGACACCAAUCGCGCCCCCGUCAUCGGAAUCCUCGCAUGGUUCUUCAUGGUCAUCGCCGUGCUCUCCGGGGGGACUCGGCUUCUGAUCAAAUAUGUCAUCGUCCGAAGGCUGACGAUGGACGACUACCUGAUCACUGCGGCUCUGGUCUUCUCGGUGCUGCAGGCAGCAUGUGUCGCAAAUGCAGCCGACAAUGGGUAUGGUCAGGAGCAAAGAGCCUCUUCGCAACAUCAGCAAGCAGUAGCUUUGAAGUCUAUCUACGCCGCGGAAUUGCUCUAUAUACCCUGCAUUACUUUCGCGAAGCUCAGCUCUCUGGCAUUCAUGACAUUCCUGAUGCAACGAACCCGCAAAGUGGAAUGGGGUCUGAUUGCCUUCAUCGCAACAUGGGCUGUCACUUGCGAGUUUGCGGUCGCGUUCCAGUGUGGCCUGCCCCAGCCGUGGAACUGGCUCACGCAGACAUGCUUCAACCGUGCAGCAUGGUGGUACUACUUUGGGAUCACCAACAUCCUCACAGAAUGCGCUUUGAUGGUCUUCCCCAUUCUGGUCGUCUCCAAGAUCCAGAUGGCCGACACGAAGAAAGCGGUGGUGAUCGGGUGUUUUGCCACUCGCAUCUUGGUCGUCAUCGCCAUCGUGAUGGAGCUGGUGUCUCGAGGCAGCAUUCAAGAAGAUUCAAAUGAGCCCCUUCUCGAAAUCUGGAAGGUCACCGUCUGCAUGGAGCUGGUCCAAUGUCUGGCCAUCAUCGUCUCUUGCAUCCCCCACCUCAAGCCAUUCAUGGAUGGACUCCAGUCCACCGGACUACGACUCUACCAUCUACCGGGUCAAAGUUCGACGCACGAACAAUAUGGGUAUGGAUCGGGGAAGAAGAAACGGAGCGGCACGGCGCACGAGCUGAACCAACUGCACGGGUCGGCUCACGACACGACGAUUCUGGCAGUGCAGCGGGAGCGAGAAUGGGAUGACGGGCAUAGCCAGACCAGCCAGAGUCAUAUCAUCCGCCAGACGAUGACCUGGGCCGUGGAAGAGCAUUACGAUCCUACUGCUGCCACCGAGUCCGUCACCACCGAUGGAGGGUCAAAUCGCAGUCAACCGGUGCGGUAGUGUGAAUAACAUUGGCGGGGAGGGGAAGGGCCACCAUGGUUUCAAUCUUUGACAGUAGCUUGGUUGAGCUUAUCAGAAUAAGGAAAAUUAGUGAGACAUACUGUGCAUGGCUGGGGCCGGGGGAUUUAGCUUGGUGGGUAGCAAACGACUGCGCGUCGGCCCAAGGAGGAUCUCCACUCUUAAUCUAUUUAGUUCCCCUGCUAGUGGAAAAUAGCUCCGAGGCUAAUCAAUAUGCUUAGUCUGAAAGCGCAGUGCUUGUCAGCCCAUCGCCGUCGAUCGACUGGAGCGAACGCGCGGGAACUGAGGGAUUUAGUCACGCAUCAAUUUAUAUCCCCUGCUGGUGGGGUGCUGGCGCUGAAUAAAGGCAGACGGCCAUUUGAUCUGUUUCACCCACCCGUUUCUCAUCAAUUAAACUCUUGUGCGGCAUUAGGAGGGCAGCAGGGGGGGCCACUCAUGCCA